AUGAGAGAAGUCAACUUCAGCAUCCCCAACGUCAACAAGGCGUCGGUUGGCAUUACGACCGCCCUCUAUGAUCGACGAGCCCUCGACUGCACGUCCACCCUUCCUCUCAUCAACUCGCUUAACCAUCUUGCCUACCUUACCACCUCUUCCGCCCGCAUCCGCGAUAUUCUCACGGUCGAUGGCGGUAUCGAACGCUUGGUUUGCAUCCUGAAACGCGGUCGCAGCAAGGACAUGAUGGAUAUGUGGAAAUGGAAUCUAGCUUUCCAAUGCGUCGUCAACAUUGGCGUUAGGGGCACGGAAAAUGUUCGCACCCGUGUCGUCGAGGCAGACAUGGUUCCCGUUAUCGCUACUAUCCUCGACAACUACAUCAAGGUUACCGAGAAGUGUAGGGACAAAUCGGACGACAAAAGCAAAGAUCAUCAUCAUCGUCACAGAAGCCAUGAGCAUCGUAGCGUUCACAAGGCUCCGUCCUUCACAAACAGAUCCAGCCGUGUCGAGGUCGAUCAAAGAUCCUCUCGACGCCAGGCACCUCCUCCUUCCAUCGAUGUCUCUGCAACAUAUGCCGGCUCGUCAUCCUCGAGUUCUACAGCUGACCAGCAAACCACCGAAACAACGCCCGCUCCGCCUCAGCACCCUCCUGCUGCUUCCACUGAAAGACCUGCGUUUUCGGCUCACCGACAUCACCAUCACCACCAUCACCAUCACCACCACUACCGUGCUGCAGAAGCUCGCCACGCAGUUGCAUCCCCGUCUCGACAAGUGGUCCAACCCCUUGCACCAGCCGUCCCGGCCGCCGAGACCGCCGACGGUUUUGUCCGACCGGUUCGUGAUGCUGACCGUCUCGCAUCGAUGAUGUCCUUGGGUCAUGCGAACCUUACCUCGCAACCCUCGUCUCCCACAACUCCGCUCCCACCUCCGCAGAUGCGCUCCCCCACUGUUCGGCCCACGUCCAUGCUCGCUCCGACCAGUCGAUCACGUCGCCGACCCUCGAUUAGACACCAAAACUCAACAGUCGACUCGGACGACUUGGUUGGCGAUGACGCUCCUUCCGACGAGUCCCCUGAUGCCGAAAUGUCGGGAACAGGUAAUGAGAUGCAGUCGGCCGUCAAUAUCCAAGACAUCACUAUGGAAGAGGGAGACAGUAUGCUUGCUGGAUCCACUGCGAUGGACUUGAACACGCCUACUGUGUCGGAGACUCAGGAUACAGGAGCCUUCAACAUUACGCAUCGCGGCCCUGUGGACACCAGCAAUGCUGCCACCACAACCCCUGCCCCUGUGCCUCCCAUUGGCCUAUCGCCGAACCGACCUGCCAUGGUCACACCACCUCAGCCAGCAAUCCCCAACGCCAGCGUCCCCCGAUAUCUUCUUGAUCGCCAACUCGUUCCCAACGCUCAAAUGCUUGCUGCCAUGCCUCGCGAAGAGGACGUUCUCAUGUCUCUGCAGCUACUUGCCUACGUUUCUAAGUAUUGUGGGCUGCGGUCCUACUUCCAAAAAAGCCACCUGGUCCCCAGACUCAAAAUUGGAAAGGAACUCCGUUACCUGGAUGGGGACACUGCCGCUGCGGAUCAAGGCGAGGAGGAGGAGCUAGAAGAAGAAUACCUGCUGCCCAACGAUUUCAACAUUUUUCCCCUUGUGGAGAAGUUUACCGUGCGACAUCACAGUACAGAUAUGCAGUACUGGGCCGGCGUCGUCAUGCGGAACUUGUGUCGAAAAGACGACACUCGAGGAGGCAUUCGACAAUGCGCCUACUAUCAGUGUGGCAAAUGGGAAGAAUUCACCCGCCAAUUUGCCAAGUGUCGUCGCUGCCGACGCACAAAAUAUUGCAGCAAGGAAUGCCAGAAAAGUGCAUGGGCUUUCCAUCGACACUGGUGCGUUGCGGCCACCCAGUGA